AUGGCUUCACAUUUGCGGUACGAUAACCAAGUCGCCAUCGUCACCGGCGCCGGCAACGGCUUGGGAAAGCAAUAUGCCAAAUUCCUUGCCGCACGCGGCGCAAAGGUCGUGGUCAACGAUCUAGGUGGGACUUUCAAUGGCAACGAUGCUGGUGGCAGAGGCGAUUCCAAGGUCGCGGACGUUGUGGUCAAGGAGAUCAGGGAUGCUGGUGGUGUUGCUGUGGCCAACUAUGAUACCGUCCAGAACGGCGACAGAAUCGUCAAGACUGCAAUCGAUGCGUUCGGGAGAGUCGACAUCCUCAUCAACAACGCCGGGAUCCUGCGCGAUAUCACCCUUAGAAAUAUGAAGCUCGAAGACUGGGAUCGCAUUGUCGAUGUCCACGUCCAUGGCGCUUUCAAAACAGCACGAGCGGCGUGGCCUUACAUGCGGAAGCAGAAGUACGGUCGAAUCAUCAACACAUCAUCGUCAUCUGGUCUUUUCGGGAACUUCGGACAGAGCAAUUAUGCGGCAGCAAAGAUGGCCCUAGUCGGCUUCAGCGAGACAUUGGCCAAAGAAGGAGCGAAAUACAACAUCACGUGCAAUGUACUUGCUCCCGGCGCAGCUAGUAGACUAACGCAGACGGUCUGGACGCAAGACAUGAUGGAUGUCAUGAGACCCGAUUGGGUCGUCCCACUCGUGGGCGUCCUGGUCAAUGAGAAGUGUCACGAGAGUGGAAGCAUCUUUGAGGCUGCAGCGGGUCAUUACAGCAAAAUCCGGUGGGAGCGCAGCAAAGGAUUUCUCGCACGCCCCGAAGAAUUGACCGCCGAUCUAGUGCUUGAAAACUGGGGGAAAGUGGUAAACUGGGCUGGCGCCGAGCAUCCAAACGAAUCUGCCAAUGUCUUACAAUUCCUCGACGAGGCCAAAAAAUUGCCGAAGACCAGCGCGCAAGCCGGCAACCGGGUGAAUUUUUCAGGCAGAGUCGUCUUGGUAACUGGUGCUGGUGCCGGACUGGGCAGAGCAUACAGCCUUCAUUUCGCUCAACUCGGUGCAAAGGUUGCAGUCAACGAUGUCAAGAAUGCCGAGAAGGUCGCCAAUGAGAUCAAGGCUCGCGGAGGCGAAGCAAUCGCCAUAGCAUUGUCCGUCGAGGAUGGAGCAUCCAUUGUGAAGAAAGUGGUGGAUACCUAUGGCCGCAUUGAUGUCGUGGUCAACAAUGCCGGUAUCCUGGGAGACAAGGCUUUCGCUAAUAUGACAGACGAGCAAUGGUAUUCAGUCAUGAAUAUUCACAUGAAGGGAACAUACCUCGUUACCAGAGCAGCAUUUCCCAUUAUGCUCAAGCAGAAGUAUGGACGUAUCGUCAACAUCACCAGCACGAGCGGCGUCUAUGGAAACUUUGGACAGGCCAAUUAUGCCGCUGCGAAAUGUGGCAUAGUCGGCUUUACGAAGACCAUCGCUCGAGAAGGCGCCAAAUAUAACAUCGUGGUCAACUCACUCGCUCCAACAGCAGGGACGAAUAUGACUCGCACCGUCUGGCCCGAGAAGGUUGUCGAAGCCGUCAGACCUGAAUACGUCGCGCCUGUUGUUGCUGCACUUUGCAGCGAGAAACCUCCGGCGACUGGACAGCUCGUUGAAUCUGGCGGCGGGUGGGUCGCAGUCACUCGCUGGCAGAGAGCUAGGGGCGUUGAUUUUGACAUUGAAAAAGGAGUCCCGAGCGUGGAACAGCUUGCGGAGGCAUUCCCGGAGAUCUGCAACUUUGACAAUGGGAAAGCAGACAAUCCGGAAGAUCCACAAGACGGCAACAAGUACUCCAUGGGCAACGUGAUGAAGGUCCCCAAGUUUGCCGAAGCCUUGUCGCCAGGAAAGAGCGCCAACCGCAAAUAUAUCGCCAAAAUCAACGAAGCCAUAUCUAUGAAGCCUAUCAAAUCAACCUACACCUAUGAUGAUCGAGAAGUCAUUUUGUACAACCUCUCCAUGGGCGCGCACCGAACUGACCUCGACCUUGUGUAUGAGGGCUCUCCGAACUUCCAGGUGCUUCCUACCUUUGGCAUUGUUCCGACGUAUUCCUCGACCACGCCCUGGCAGGUGAAGGACAUCGUCCCCAACUACGACCAACGCAUGCUUCUUCACGGAGAGCAAUACUUGGAGAUCAAACAGUUCCCCAUCCCAACAUCGGGCACGCUGACGACGGAAGCACAUCUGGUAGAGGUUGUGGACAAAGGAAAUGCCGCCCUUGUCAGAAGGGGUGCCACCACGGUUGACAGCGCAGGCAGACCCGUCUUCUACAACGAAAGUGUAUCAUUUAUCCGGGGGGCAGGCAACUUUGGUGGUCAGCGCAAACCUUCUGAUCGCGGCGCCGCCACGGCCUUGAAUGCCGCACCAUCUCGUACGCCGGACAAGGUCGCUGAGGAAAAGACGUCGGAAGAUCUUGCAGCAAUUUAUCGGCUCUUGGGCGACCGAAACCCGCUCCAUAUCGAUCCGAAAUUCUCCGCCGUCGGUGGAUUCAAAGAUCCCAUUCUCCAUGGCCUUGCGACGUUCGGAAUUACAGGGAAGCACGUAUUCCAGGCGUACGGACCAUUCAAGAACAUCAAGGUCAGAUUCAGCGGCACGGUCUUGCCAGGACAGACCAUUGUGACGGAAAUGUGGAAGGAGGGAGGAAAGAUUGUGUACCAGGCGAAAGUCAAGGAGACGGGCAAAUCUUGCAUCAGCAACGCCGCGGUAGAAUUGUUGCAGGGCGGUUCAAAAUUGUGA